AUGGACGAAAACGGGCAAAUAAACGAGCGGCAAAUGGACGCGUCGAACCAGCGACCAACCGAAUAUCACGAAACAUCGCCGCCCCUCCCCCCGUCCCCACCACCGCUCCUCCUGCUUUACGAAAUGCACUUUCGUUUGUCCUUUAGAUCCCAGGCGGGUCUUAGCCAACCGCAGUAUGUCUCGGACGACACAAUGGAGGACGACUCCAGACGAACACAAAGGCCCCGCCGAUCUCUGUGGCACAUGGACAAUGGGCGACCUCUGGGAGGGAAAGUGCUUUCUAAACAGCCGAUCGUGAUGGCAGUGGAAACCACUCUCUAUUCCAUCCUCGCCUCGUUAUUAAUAAUAUCGGAAGGAUAA